AUGUUCCAAGCGACACGACACGCCCUUUCUGGCAGAGACGGUCUGCCUGUGCUCUCUUCCCUCUUGGCCGCUUCGGCUAGCUCCGCCUCCCCGAAGGAGCCGUCGGUCACAGAUCUCCGUUUCCAUUGCGCCGUGACCAUUCCUACUCGUGCUGUCUCUUGUUUUUCUUUCUAUAUCAUUAAGCUAUACUUCUAUCACUUUUCAGACAAUGUUCAAUUGGCUGAAACGAUUGACGGGGACUCCUCGUCAGAACUCUAUCAAUGAUGAAAACGUGACAUCGGAUGCUCUGACUCCGGUCAGAAGCUGCAAUUUAACGCCAACUUCUGAUGUUUCCGGAUAUGAAAAAAGCUCGAGGUCUCGGAAGGUCGAAAAACAGUUGGUCAGUUUCAAUUGA